AUGACAGCAUCACUGGGUUUCACGUUUAGGGGUGGUCUCUGUACAGCAGUUCUUCUGAACCUGCUGUGCAUUGGGCUGCUUUGGGUGGAACCUGAAGGAGCCUCUUCUGAGUUGAAUGAUCUGGGGUUCGACGCCGGGUGGAAUGCUGGCAUUUCGGCUUCUCAGCGGUCAGGUGGUUUUCACUCCGCCUCUGAGAACUCGAGCUUCAUCGGAAACCCUCUAGACAAAGGCGAGGAGGAAGGAGAAAAAAGGGAAAGUAAACAUAUGUUAUUGGGGCUUUUCUCCGAUGCUGAUGAUGCGUGGCUCAAUAACGGCCAUUACAGCAACAGACACUCCACCACCACCACCGCCACCAAACGCCCCUACACUACUGGUUAUGGAGAUUCCUACAGAAGCUCGAUCUACCCACCAGAAUCCAGUCAUUGGGAUAUCCCACACUUCUUCCUGCCUGAUGAUGUGUGGCCUGAAGACACCUUCACGACCACUACCACAAACACCAGUACCAGUACCACCAGCACCACAACCACAACCACCACCACCACUACAACUACCACUGAAGGCAUCCUUCUAGACCCAAGUUACCCCACGGAGAUCGUGGACGUCGAGGAACCGAGCUCUGAAGACCGACAGCGGUGCCGUCUGACACUGCCAAUCUCCGAGAUAUCUCGUGGGGAGAGUCGUUAUUUGUUGCAGGGUAACUGGGGCGUCUAUAUCGAAGAUGAAAAGACUCUGGCUUUCUAUGCUUUCACUGUAAAAGAGGAGGCCCCACCCAAAGGGUUUUUCAGCCGUCUGUGGAGGCGAAUCCGAGAUCUUUUCUCUGUGCCUCUCGCCAUGUACAGGUACCCCUUGCCUCUGCCUCAGAAGUGUCUUUACCGCCCCAGCGACCCGUCCUCGGGGUCUGCUGCAGUUGAAGAGCCAGAAAAAGUAACCGAAAUAGUUGUUCAGCUGACUCCCGAUGCUGUUGCAACUUUUCUUCCCUGUCCAUAUUCUCCACCAAUCACACCGCUGCUCUUCGCCUCCCUUGGGAGUGGCAAGCUCAAGCACCUGGGGCAGUGCCUCUUCGGCAUGCACCUACUUAGCUCCGUGGAUACUUCAACUCUGGUCUUCACUUCUUCUGCUCAUACAGCAGUCGUCGAGGCGAGAGACCCGAAGGGGGGUCCCAACCGGCGCCUGGAGACGCUGCGCAUCCCCUGCAGCUGCAGCCCCCAGAGGCUAAGCCUCAUCACCUGGUGGACCGGAAGGGGGCCCCAGGGGACCCCCUUCGUCUUAUUCUAUGUAGGCUAUGACGGGCACAGCCACCACAGGCCUCCCGACAACUGCAAAAAGCAGAGGCUACACAAAGUCCCCCUUUCAGACCUCAACAAACCCGUCAACUAUGCUGAAACGCCAUUCUACGAAAAGACACAGUGA